AUGUCUGAGAACACUGAUCAUUUUCCAUUGGCUACUUCAUCUUCAAGUAAUAAUAAUAAUAAUAAUAAACGACUUCUAUCACAUCAACACUUUGUUCCGACCUCAUCAGACUUCAAUACACCUUCAUCAAUAGUGAGCAACAUUCAAAAUGAUUCACCAUCACCACAAUCUCAUACGUCGCCCAUUGUCAGUGACGUUUGUAAUAGUAGCAAAACUGGCGUCCGAAACCCAUCGGCAACGACAAAAACGAAGGAUGAUAAUUCACCCAAUGGUAAUCAUAUCAACAAUAAAUAUGCACUCACUUUAGACUUUACACCACCGGUGGCUAAAACUAGAAAAGACAAUCAUCGUAAUUCAAAAUCACAACUCUAUACAUAUAACAUGGCAGGAAAUGGUGAAGAAGACCUUCAUUCCCCUUUUGAACUAGACGUUCCACUCUGUGAGAAUCAAUCAUUAAAAAAAAUUCAAAAUGAUUUUCUUAUCGAUCGAAUGUUAAAAGAUGAUAGUAAUUCAAAUUUCACUUUACAACAUCGAUCUUCUAAUCAACAAUCUUAUACAACUGUUCUCAAUCAUUCAUCACCUCUUCUAACACCUUCAUGUGAUCAUUAUGAUAUAGAUGCAUUAAGUGAUGCAGGUACAUAUAUUAUUGAAGAUGAUAUUGAUAUUGCACAUGAUGAUGAACCUGAACAAGAUAUUGAACAACAAAAUGAUAGACAAGAAAAAAUUUCAACACCAUCAACAGCAUCUUCAUUUAAACGAUAUGCAACAACAAGAAGAAAUCGUCAUGGAACAUUUGAUAUUGAUGGUAUAUCAUCAAAAACAACACAUACUGUCAAUCGUCCCAUUGUUGAUCUCAAUGUUCCAACACAUAAUUUAUCACCAUCGUCCUCAUCAGUAUCGUCAGCUAAUUCAACCUCUUCAUCAUCUCUUCUUUCAUUACCAACAGAAAGUGAUAAUAGUAUACGCAAAGAACCUGAGGGUGCCUCUCAUCAUAUCAUUAUUGAUGAUAAGUCUUCCGCUGGUGUUGUUUAUGCAAGACGACGAUCAGAUAUUCUUUUACAACAGCAACAACCACGUUCAAUAACUCCACCACAAAAUCUAAUAAAACCAGCUGAAUGUUUUGUUAUUUCACCAACAUUUGAAACUAAACCAUUUCCGAAUACAACAACAACUGGUCCAAGACGAAAACCUGACAUUCAUUCGAAAUCAAAACCCACAGCAUCUGUUGUUUCAACUAAAGAUACACAUUUUGAAGUUCCAUCAAAAAAUUCUCCAUCAUCACCUCCACUUUCAGCUCGUUCAAAUCAAAGUGAUACAGAAAAAUUUUCAUUUCGUCUUCAACAACAACAACAACAACAACAACAACCUAUACGUCAUCAUGAUUCUAAACAACAAUCAUCUUCGUCAAAUUUAAAAUCUUCACUUCAUCAUUCUGAUUAUGUAUCAUCUUCAUCUAAACUACCACUUCGACCACAUACCAUAAUUAAUGAUCAAACAUAUUCAACACCAUUUCAACGAAAUUCAUCCAUACGUCAAACAAUGCCAGCUAAUACACAAUAUAAUCGAGCAUUAUCUUCAUCAACAACAACAACAACAACUAAAUAUGUUGAUGAUAAUGAAGAAAUUUUAUCAUCACAUCCAAGUUUAACUAAAGUUUAUAUGAAUAAAUCAUUUGCAUUACGUCGACAACGUUCGCAUCUUAUGCCAUCAACAUCAAAACCAGUACAACAACAACAACAGCAACAGCAACAGCAGCAAACAAUAUCAAAACCAUUAUCAACACGUCAAAUAAUAAAGCCAACAACAUCUGUUCCAUCAACAUCAUUAUCAAUAAAUAAUUCAAGUGGACAAACAAAUCGUGCUGUUGAAUUACGUCGUGCACGUGCACAAGCAAAAAUUGAAGAAUUAGCACAACGUACAAGACAACAACUACAAAAAACUGAACUACCUAUUGAUUUAAUGAGUGCAUCAUGGCAUAGUAAUGCAAGUAGUACAAGUAAAAAAGAUUUUUCACAAUUACGAGUAAAUUCUCGAUCAACAAAUAAUAAUAAUAAGAAUAUUUCAACACCAAAACAAGAUUUACUCAAAACAAGAACAAUAUCAACAAUAUCAACAACAUCACAUCAUCGAUCAUCAUCAGCAAGUCCAAAUCCAUUAGGAGAAACAAAAACAAAAACAUCAAAAUAUCGAAAACCAAUGGUAUCAAGUGUUACUAGUGAAUCACAAUAUCAAAAAAUGAAUGGAAGUUUUUAUAGAGAAGGAGAACGAUGUGAUUCAUUGCGUGAUGAUGGACAAAGAUUAGCUAUUAAAUUAAUACAACUUUCAUCAGGCAUAUUAGCAAAAUUGAAACCGAAUAAUAGUGCAGGUGAUAGUGAUUCGAAUGUGCGAGAAUUAGAACAACUUGUUGAUCAAUUACAAACAGUUAAUCGAACAUUGAGUUCUAUCGAUGCUUCAUUAACUGGUUCGACCAGUGACGAAAUUCUAAUUUUAGUUGAUAUUUUUUUACCAGUAUCACAUUCUUCAAUAGUAGAUAUGGAGGAUAAAAAUGCACAUUCUCGUUAUGAACAGUCUUUACUUGCUUGGAGAACAAAUGAUGAACGUUUAAAUAAAGAAAAAUUAUCAAUGAAAAAUAUUCCAGAAAGAAACGAUUUACAAUUGAUAGGUGCACAAAUUUUUUUUCGACAUGGAGCUCGAACUCCACUCAAUUUAUUACCUAGUCUUGAAGAGGUUAUUUAUAAUAAAGAACAAAUAGAAAAUUAUCCUCCAUCAAAAUGGGAUAUAAAACUAAUUACAAAAAAAGGAAAUGAAGUUGUAUCAAAAGAUAAAGUAUUAUCAGCACAUGAUAUUACUGGAAGUGAAGGUCAAAAAUUAAAAUCAGUAUCUGGUGAAAAUGUAAUGAAAGGUCAAUUGACAGCUAUUGGAGAAAAACAAUUAUUUCAACUUGGAAGACUUUUAAGAUCUGAAUUAAUUGAUGAUAACAAUGAUAAAGGACUUUUACCAGCAACAUAUGAUUCACAAUAUGUCUAUUGUCGAUCAACAUAUAUGGAUCGAACAAUAGCCAGUGCUCGAUCAUUUCUUGCUGGUCUUUUCUCUUCUGUUAAAAUGGAUAAUAAGAUACAAGCUAAUGGUCCGUUUGAAAUGGAAGUUCAACAUUUUCCCGAUGAAGAUAUGUUUCCUAAUCCAAAUAUUUAUCCAAUCCUUAAAAAAUGCCUUAGUGUUCCAUCUUUUUAUAUGUCAUUAAAUGAUGAUCAUGAAUUAAAAAAAGCUCGACAAGCGUUAAUAAAUCGUAUUGGUUUUACUGAAUCUCCACAUGGUAUUGUUGGUUUAUACGAUGAUAUUGUUUCGAGACAAGCUCAUAAUUUUACUGUUCCAGAAGAUAUUCUUGAAUUGGUAAAAGAUUUUGAAAUCAUGUCUGCACGUGAAUAUGUUUAUAUAAGUACAGCCAUUGGUUAUGAUUUAUUUAUACGUGCAGGUUGUGGACCAAUUCUUUAUUUAAUGAGGGAAAAUUUUAAUUCUAUAUUAAAAAAUUAUCUUGAAGAAAAAAAUAAUAAUUUAAAGAAACCUUAUCAUAAAUUUUUUAUUUAUUCUGGUCAUGAUAGUACAUUAAUUCCACUAGCCAUGGCUUUUGAAAUUUUUGAAAUGCGUUGGCCUAAAUAUGCUUCAUAUAUUUUAAUAAAAUAUUUUAUUUCGAAAACUAAUCCAGAUGAAACAUAUGUGACAGUUAAGUUUGAUGGUGAAGCACAAAUAUUGCCAGACUGUCAAGAUUAUUAUUGUCCUUAUUCAACAUUCUUGAAAAAUCUUCAAAAUCGUUUCGAUAAACCUAAAAUAUCAUCCUAA